GGCAGCCUCAAUAGCUAGGCGAAAAAUCUAGUGGCAAGGCCAGCGGCGUCCCAGUAUCUGUGUUGGUAUAUUUUUUCUGCCUGCUUCUUCUUCUACGCAAUAGUUGGAGUCGAUUCUGCCGUAAAAUUUUUUGCGGCACGCACAAAAUUUUGACGUAAGCAUUUUUUACCGCACGGAUUAGUCUGUCGCAGCGUUUACAAGACCGACAUCGACAGACAAGAACAGAAGCAACAAUUAUAACAAUGUCUCAACCAGACAGCAAAAUACAACAGGGUGAUCAGGUAAAAGAGUACGACGAUCAGGAUAGUCAAGCGUCCGAUGUUGAAGAGGACGCUGUUGCCGCUGACGAACUUGAUACUUACAAUAAAUCUGGCGGUACAGAUAAUCAACAACAGGAAGAUGACGACGAUGAAGAUGGAGAAGACUACAAUAAUCGGGGCGACAGCAAUGGCAGCGACAAUGAUGAACGCAAUGAACAGCAGUCAGGUGGCGAGGAGUACAGCAAUAAGGUAGACAACAGUGCUGCUGGCGGUAAUGAUGCCAAUCAGCAGCAACAGCAACAGCAAAAUAAUAACCAGCAGCCCAUGCAGGGCACAGGCGGGGGCGAAGAAGACCGCACCAGCGCCACCAAUUUAAUUAUAAACUAUUUGCCACAGGACAUGACAGAUCGCGAGCUGUACAGCUUGUUUAGCAGCUGCGGCUCCAUAAAUACUUGCAAGAUAAUGCGAGACUACAAGACCGGAUAUAGCUUCGGAUACGGUUUUGUGGACUACAAUGCUGAAGCUGACUCGGAAACGGCCAUACAAAAGCUGAAUGGCUACUAUGUGCGCAACAAGCGCUUGAAGGUUUCGUAUGCACGCCCUGGUGGUCAGUCCAUUAAAGACACCAAUUUGUAUGUGAUCAAUUUACCACGCAGCAUUAACGACGAGCAGUUAGAUCGCAUCUUUAGCCCGUACGGUCGCAUUGUACAGCGCAAUAUUUUGCGCGAUAAGCUUACUGGUCGUCCACGCGGUGUGGCAUUUGUGCGAUACAACAAGCGGGAGGAAGCGCAGGGAGCUAUACAGGCUUUAAACAAUACAAUACCCGAAGGUGGCACUCAGCCCAUAUCGGUGCGUUUAGCUGAAGAGCAUGGCAAAGCAAAAGCAGCGCAAUUUAUGUCACACGGUGGACAUGGUGGUGGUCACCAUAUGGGCCAGCAGCCACAUCACCACCCACAUCAGCAACAACAUCAACAACACCUACACCAGCAGCAGCAUCAACAUCAUCAACAACAACAUCUUCAUCACCAUAAUCUGCCACCGCCGCAUCAUAUGCAGCAUAUGCAUGGCGGUGGCGGCAUUGCGGGCGUGCCACCGCCCAUGCAUGGCGGCGGCGGCUACCAUCACAAUAUGGCACACAGAGGUAGAUCAAUAAAAACAACACGAUCUCAAAAACCGCAUCCAUAUAACAAUGCACAGAAAUUUAUUUAAAACAAAAUUAAUUUCUUUACACAAUAUUAGCUGCAUCUCACAGGUGAAGUGUUCAUGCUGCCAUUGCCAAUCACAAUAUCAAUGCCAAUGCGCCGAUCGCGACCACGACCAUGUGCGACAUCAACAACGCCGCAACAGCAACAACAGAACAGCAGCAGCAGCAAUGCAACUGCAUCGUCGUUGGCGUCGGCGGCAACAGCAACCACGGCGGCGGCAGCAACAGCAGCUUCAACAUCAACGGCAGCACCAAUAUUAACGGAAACAGAUACAAUUAUACGCCUUCCACAACCACUCAAUACCACAAUUAUAACUAUAACUACAACUACAAUUACAACUACUACAAUAACAACAACAAUGUCACAAUGUACACACACAAUGCCUACACCACCUACCCUCCACAACAACACCAUCGUGUACAGCCACACCAACCACAUCAACAAGCACCAGGAAGCUACAACAACAGCAGGAUCUAUGGAAAUACAACAAUGGCUCCAUUCCUAACAUAUGCAACGCAACCACAUCCGCAACACGUACGGCCACCACCUUGCUCAUAUUAUUAUUACCCAUAUGCCAACACAAGCUAUGUUUAUGCCGUCAACUACUACGACCACAACAACGGUGGAGCAUUGGGGAUCUAUUAUGUAGCACAUAAGCAAAAUAUUGAUGCGAAUGCAGCCGAUAGAUGUGGCAGUGGUAGAAACAUGCAAAACAUGCACAACAUGCACCACAUGUGAGCACAGAUCGAAGAGGCACACAGCACCUCUGUCAAUAAAGUAAAUUAGCACCAUCAGCAGCGGAAGCAUCAAAAUUUAAAUGCACAUACAAACACAUAAUGUAUACCAAAACCAGAACAGCAUUAAAUUGCAUAUAUAGAAACAGUCUCUAAAUGUCGUUUCAAAGCGAAACAAACUAAAGAAAAUUAUAACGAAUAUGGCUAAGGCAAAAUGAUAACACUCUCGACAGAUCACUUGAUCUAGUCGAUUGUUUACCAGUUGGUUGCUGCCCGCACCCGCACUUUAAAUAAGAAGAAAACAAAAAAUGAGAAACUGAAACAGGCAUGAUAAUAUGUGAAAAAAACAAACCAAAAGCAUUGGCAGCGAAGCUUAAAUUUGUGUAGAUGCACAUGCAACAAAACAAAAUAAAAAAAGUUAAAGCAAACAAACAAGUUGAUACAUAACUUGAAAUAUGUAUAAAAGUUCCAAAGUACACAUACACCUACACACACACUCACACUGGAGACACCCACACUCACACGAAAACCAUUUCAAUUUAGAUAUACGAAGAAAAAUUGCAAAAUUUGCUGAUCGAAUUAAAUAAAUUGCAAAGCAAGCUUAACCAAUUGUAUAAAAACAAAACAAACAAAA